GCGCAGUAUCCCUCAAAACCGUACGAAUUUGUUGUUGACGACAUCACGAAACAUCGCAACGCAUCUUUCCCUUUUACACUAUUCUACGUACCAAGCUUUCUACUCCACAACCUUACGCCCACUUCCAUCUGGAUCGCAUCGGAAACACCACACCUACACCGCUGAGCUGCAUUCCAACCGAGUCUCAGUUGACAAGGCCAUUGUUCAGCUUGGCCACCAACAUUCCAGGCGCAUCGAUCCUCGGACUAUCUGCCUGAAUUUGCAUCCGCUAAAUUGGUGGCCGGAGAGAACGCUUUAAAAGACGGACGGUAGAGCGGCGUAUUUCGAGCGAUAGCGUCCACGAAUACGCUUCAACAUCCGAUAACAGAAAGCAGUAGAAACAUCUUCUACUUGUCGCCGCCGCUAUGGCGCCGGCACCCGAAGAGCUCUCCGCGCCGGGGGCUGCGGUGUACAGCUCCGAUACAAUGGUUGUCGGGGACGGGACAUGGUCCUUUUCCAAAAACACAUUUCUGAUGCCAAACUUGGUGUCACCAAACUUUGAGACGAUGCAAUAUAAUGGCAUGGGAAACAGAUUCUCGACAUUGGUACAAUAUCACGGUCUUAUCAAGGCACACGCCAUCAUGGGAACCAUGAUCUUCUUAUUCAUCAUUCCAUUCUCGGUCAUGAUUGUCCGAUUCUACUCGCUGCAUCCGGGAUAUGCGGUAGUUUACCACGCCCAACUGCAGGUCUUUGCUGCUCUUAUGCUUUUGGUCGUCUUUAUCCUAGGCUUUUUUGCCGUUGGACCGGAGCGCAACCUGACAAAUCCUCACCAUGGUAUCGGUGUGGCCAUCUUUGUGCUAUUUGUGCUACAGAUUGUUGGCGGUAGACUAGUCCGACAUAUUACGAAGUCUCGAUCGCUGCGCAUCAUGAUCCACCAGUGGUCUGGCCGCGCCAUUGCAUUACUCGGCAUCGUCCAGGUUCCUCUUGGCCUGACACUCUACGGCUCGCCAAAAUACUGCUUCAUCCUAUACGCCCUGUGGAUGAGCUUUCUUGUCUUAGUCUACUUUAUCCUCAGCUAUCGCCAAGCUGGACACCGCGAGCGAAUCAUGAUGUCAGGUGGCCGCUCCGAGGCGGGGCAUAGCCGUCUUACAGAGUCCGAGUACAUGUCAGACCACCAGGAAAAGAAGCAUGGAGGUAUCUGGAAGUGGCUGGGUCCUAUUGCGGCUAUUGCAGGCAUUUGGGCUUUGAUGAGAAAGAGAAAGGAGCACAAGCAAGAACGCGAGGACCAAAGCUACUACGAUGGAUCCUCCCGACGCCACGAUGCCCAAGAUGGGUAUUCACGCAGAGACUCCUACUCUUACUAUGACGAAAAGGAAUCCAACGUUCAACAAAAGAAGGGUGGUGGCGGGUUCUUCAAGAUUUUGGGCGGUGCUGCAGCAGCUAUUGGUGCUGGCAAGCUGGCAUCUAACUUGAUGAACCGCGGUAACAACAAGCAACGAGAAGACGAGUAUUCUGCCGUGUCUACAGACACUCCACGACGCCAUCGUCCUGGUAGAAGCGAAAUCAGCAGCGACUACUACUCAGACGACUAUGGUCGAGACCGGACCGAGCUGACGAGAGACUCGCGCACAACUGGGCCAACAGCUCCUGGAGCGUCCUAUAGAAACGACUCGCGCCGCGACUUUAUGGAAUCGGACUACUCGUCGUACGCAGGCCAAUCGCGGCGCGAUGACGGAAAGUCUGGCGCCAUGGGUAAGGGACUGCUGGCAGGUCUCGGAAUGGGCUGGCUGGCCACUAAGUUUGGCAAGGGCAAAGCGAGAAGAGAGGAGGACCGCCUUCGUGAGGAAGAAGAGAUGCGGGCUGGUAACCAAGGGCCGAGAUAUACAGGAGAUGGACACCCAUCGCCGACUCGGAGAGACUCCCGCCGGCCGCCGCCAAAGCGCACAAUGGGCUACCCUGGCGAAUCUGCGCUGUCGUCAGACUUUUCAGAGUCUACUUUUGACGCACGCACAGCAGAUACCCGCCCUCAACCGAGCUCAUAUGGCGGCGGCUCUACAGUCCCUAUCCCAACACCAGUAACUCCUACACACGGCCGAACUGGAUCAAGAAGAGAUACUGUGGCAAUGCCUCCCAUGCCUUCUGACCCGCAUGGGCUCUUCCACUCAGAACUGGACAGCUCGGCCAUCUCUGACGCACGACCCCAAAGACGUGCCUCUUCACGAAGACGUGCUGCAGGGGACAAGGCAGCAGCAGCAGCAGCAGCUCGAGCUAGUAGUUUGGCCGCUGAUGAGGAAAAGACAUACCGAUCUGAGCGUGAGCGCUAUGGCUCGCCUAGCAGUCAGCCAGUUAGCGUCAAACUCAAGGUUCAUGACGACAGGGAUCGCAACGUUACGCUGCGAAGGCUAACAGAGGAAGAGGCCAUGGCUGCCCGACGACGACGAGAUUCAGAAAGCAGCCUGUCAGGACUAGAUUCGCCGAGCCAAGGGCGCGGAUACCGUCGCGCUUCCGAACAGCGCAGGGCUGAGAUGGCGGCAGAGCAACGGGUUGAUCCCGACAGACUACCACCGCUGUCACCGCCAAACCCUGCGUUUGCAAGAGGCAAGCGAGCCAAAGACUCUGCCUACUACUCUGGCCAACCGAGCCAGCCUGGUCCGACUAGCUCUGCUCAAGGCUCGAUGCCUGGUUCUAUGCCUGGCGCAGACCAAACGGUGUCGAGCUUGGGAACACACGAGAGCCACGGAACUUGGAGUGGAAUGAGCGCAUCUCCCAGCGGCCCUGAUAAGGGCAACGAAUCAUUGGCGGCAGACAAUCGCCGUCGACGAAGACAGGAGCGACGACGAGCCGCAAGCAGCAGUCGACCAACGACGGCAGCAGAUAUGUUUGAUUAGAUGGUGAGGAAAAUGAGUUGACGCAGUCAAGGAACAGUGUAUAUGUUUUUGAAAUGUUUUUUUUUCCUUUUUGGGAAUUGUAUCUUGCGCUUGUUAAAAGACUAGAAUGGGAAACAGGAUGGUUUGAUGGCGUUGGAUGUAUGUAACUGUGAGAGCGCCACGCGGCCAGGCGAGCAAAUGUCUUGUUGUAUAUAGUGCAGGCCUUUAGUGAUUUUAUGAGUGAAAGAAUUGACGUGUUAUUUUGUGUGAAUUUUAUGAUGUCCUUGGAUUUAAUUGUUUGCUUUCUGAUUGGGG